CUUCGAUAGUAGCCAACUCGAACCCUUUUUGUUACUGGUUGUUGAUGGAGUUGAAAGCAUUGCUAUUUUGAAUAUGGGCUUUGUUCUUGUGGAUGUUUGAGGUAAAGAUUUGAUACUGGCUUUUAAUGUAUGCCUUUUUUUUUAUCUUGUUAUUUCUGGUAGCAACGGUGGUCUCUCCUGUUCAUUGAAAUCGAAGAAGGCUGCUUAGUUUUUCUGUCUCAGAAAUUGAUUAUUGAGUUAGAGGUAUGAAUAAUUCGACCAACAACAAUAUAAACGGACAUUCCUGGUCCCCUCUGCUUGAACUUGCGGCAGAUAAUGAUGUAGUGGGUUUUAAGCAGGCUGUGGAUAAUGGUUUUUCAAUUGGUGACUUUGGAUUAUGGUAUGGUUUUCAGAGGGUGUCGAGAAAAAUGCUUCUUGAACGUAGAACUCCAUUGAUGGUCGCUGCUAAAUAUGGCAGCAUUGACGUUGUAAGAUUAAUUCUUUCUCUAUCCGAGGUGGAUGUAAAACUUUCUGGCGGCCCAGAUCAGUGUACUGCACUUCAUUGUGCUGCUUCUAGUGGAUCUAUCAAUGCUGUUAAUGUUGUCAACUUGCUUUUAAUCGCUGGUGCUGAUCGAGAUUCCACUGAUGUGCAUUGGCGACGCCCUUGUGAUGUUAUAGUUUCUCCCCCUGAUUUUCCAGAUCUGAGAAAUUCACUUGAGGGGCUCUUGAGAAAUAAUGGUUGCGCUUGUCGUGCAACAGCUCCAACACUAUCAGCUAUUUGUCAUAAACGUGAAGACAAAAAAGUAUCUUCUGUGCUAGAGAAGAAAGUUUAUCCGGUUGAUCCUUCUCUUCCUGAUAUCAAAACCAGUGUUUAUGGUACUGACUCAUUUAGAAUGUUCUUAUUUAAGAUCCAGCCUUGUUCACGAGCCUAUUCGCAUGAUUGGACUGUGUGUCCUUUCCUUCAUCCCAAUGAGAAUGCCAGAAGAAGGGACCUGAAGAAGUUCCACUACAGUUGCAUGCCUUGUCCAGCAUUCCGCAAGGGAGUUUGUAAGCGUGGCGAUUUGUGUGAAUAUGCUCAUGGGAUUUUCGAGAGCUUGCUGCACCCUCAUCAGUAUAGGACUAGAGUCUGUAAGGAUGGUAUGAGUUGCUUACGCCGCGUAUGCUUCUUUGCCCAUACACUUGAGGAAUUGCGGCUGCCAUACAUGCCAAAUGAUCAAUAUCCUUUGAUAUCUCCUCAAGUCAGACGGUCGACAAGAUCUUCCAUGUCACCUUCACCUUUCAAUUCACCCAUGUUGCCUUCUAAAGAUGGUAUUAUUUCUAGUGGUUCCAUCAUACAUCCCCUUGGCAGAGACCUUCGGAAAAGCUGUCUUAGAACAUCUCUUAACGCGAGAGAUAUACCAACUGAGGAGCUUAACAUGUUUCCAGAUUUGGAAUUACACCAACAGCAGCUAUCAAAUCAUUUGUCUUGUGUCUCGAAUCCACUUCGCUCUAAUCCUCCAUCAAAAAGCCUUUUCCCCGCUGAGGUUUCCUCUUCUCUAUACGCGGAUAAACUUGGCAAUGCAUCUGUUUUGUGCCAAAAGAUGGCACUUCUUAAUCGACUACAGCAGCAGGAAAGAAAGUUAUCUCCAAUAAAAACAAAGGUGCCAUCUCCUAAGAAUGUUGAAAAUCUGCGCAGGCAGCCGCCAUUUAGUGUUUUCUCGCCAAGUUGACAAGCAAUGGCACUCAAUUCACUGGGCCUUCAUUCCUCUGCAGUGUAAGCCCACAUCUCUUCUACCAAUAUUGAAACUUGAAUUGAGAGGGCCUUGGGAAUCCGUACAGGCCCAAAUAGGACAUUCAGAAGGCUUGGUGUAGUUUUGUUCUUCUUUGCCAUUGUCAUUGGUUCUUAGGCUCGUGUUGGUUGUAUAAGAGGGAUUAGAUAUUUGUUUAUAUACUACUAGCUUGGGUUAUACUAAUUCGAUGUGGGAUAAAGUCUUAAUAGAAUAUAUAAAGCUAGCAACAAAUUUUUUGUCAUCACUA